GAAGGGGGGCGGGCCGUCAAGGAAGCGAGUGGUCCGAUAGGUGGGCGGAGCUUGUUUUUCCCCUUCUUUGUGGAGGGUUUCUGUGACCCGAGAGGUGUUAUUCCAAGUUUGGUGUUUAACUAGACACAAUGAAAGUGAAAAUCAAGAGCUGGCAUGGAGUUGCCUCAUGGCUCUGGGUUGCCAAUGAUGAAAAUUGUGGCAUAUGCCGAAUGGCCUUUAAUGGUUGCUGCCCAGAUUGUAAAGUGCCUGGUGACGACUGUCCUCUGGUUUGGGGUCAGUGUUCACACUGCUUCCACAUGCACUGUAUUCUCAAGUGGCUUAACUCUCAGCAGGUCCAGCAACACUGCCCAAUGUGUCGACAGGAAUGGAAGUUCAAGGAGUGACAAAUGCAAUGUUUCUCCCUCUCCCCCUUUUGGAUUUCAUGUACUGCUUGUGAGGUUUGUUAAAACCUUGUGAGGUGUUGGCUUUUACAAUAUUAAGUAUAUAAUAUAUUUAUCAUCUCCGGAGCUGGCAGAGCAAGGCUGAAGCAAGGAAAGCAAGUGGGAUUACUGUUAAUGUAUAAUUUCUGUUUAUGUACAGUUCUGCCUCCUUAUGUUAUAUCUCACUAGUUGUGAAUUCAGGAUAAGUAAAAUGUAGGAAGGUUACACCUGUGUUGAUGAGAAAGCUCAAUAUUGAUUAGAAAAACAUAAAUACUGCUUUUGAUAGGUUGGAACAUGUAGACCUCAUAACGCUUAGGAUUCUGUCUUGGCAUAUACCUGAUUCCUGGGAGGCAUGUGUUUUACCUGCAUUAGAGGUUAAGAGAGAGACAUUUUAAAAAUAUUGUUCGUGUUCAACAUCUGCUCUCAGCUAUUUGAGGCAUAUUGUAGCUACAUUUUUCUGUCUCUCUUGUGAUAUGUGUUGCUCUUAUUUUACUGCUUGUAAGAUUGACUGUCACUGUGUAGCUCAGACAACAUAGAACCUUUAGCUUACCUUCUUGUUCUUACUUGAUCCAGUAGUGUAAUCCCACUAAUCAGCAGUGGAAUUCAGGUUUUAGUAUAAACCUCGGAAUUGUAAACAUUGUUCUGGAAAUUACAUGUGCCUGUAUCUUGCUGAAUACUUGGCCUCCAAUCCAAUAAUAUGUUUGUUCUCAAAAGUCUAUAAUAAAUUGCUUUUGUUGCCAAAAACUUGCCCACAGUAUACAUGAUGCCACAUGUACAUGAGGUGGUUCCAGUAGCUGAUGUGAGUCACCCCUUCUGAUUAUUAUUAUUUGGCCUAUUUCCAUUUGAAUAGGGAUUCUUCCAGGCUCAUCACAGGAGUACAUGUUUUGUAUCUGUGGCCAGAGCUGUCUGUAGCUGCAUGAUGAGGUGAUGGGAUAUGGCCAGCGGGGAAGGAAGGAAUGUUCCUGACAAUUUAAAAACCAUACCCUAUAAUUAUUUUAAUGGAAAAGAAGGUUCCUACGCUAGUUCAGCUAUGUAGCCACCCAGCCUAAAGACCAGCUGUUUUUGAUGCUGCAUCCUGGCUGUUGGGUGCCCAGUCCUUUCUCUGGUGUAUGCCACCUCCGCCUGUGAUGUGUAAUCAGUGCCCCUUUAUGCACCCAAAAGAGAUGGUGGUUCCAGUCUGUGACCUUUCUAACACAGAGAACACAAGGCAAACUAAAUUACAAUUUUAACUGCUAGAAGAGUUCUCCGGCAAGAGUAAAAGGUCACCAGAGUAUGUCAGAGCUUCUAAGGGAAGAGUCUUCUGCAAUAAAACAUGAUGUCAGACUCUUUAACAGUUAAGGUACAACACUGCAAUUGAUUUUAGUUGAAGUAUGGCCCACCUCAGUUUUACCAGGCCUCUCAUGGUCUACCUGUAACUUUUACUAAACUAGGGUUAUAUGGGACUCCUGCAUCCUUGGGUCUUCCAUUCUGACAAAUAGCCAGCCAUUGAGCAAUUAUGUUGAAAAAUAUAACAGGCAGCAACAGUAGCACAUUUGAAGGGGGAUGUUUUCCUCUCCACUGUGUAAGUGAGUAGCCUAGUUCCACCUACUACAGAGCCACUGCAGAAUUACCAUCCAUAGUAGAGGCUCACAGGGAGUCAUGCAUGAGUGUAAGUACGAUGGGCACCUUUUAGAUUGGGUUCAUCACUUAGAUCUGUGGUUGCCAGCCUUGAGUAACCCAGGAAUUCUAGGACUGCAUUUUUCAGAAGCCUUCACCACCAGCUGUGCUGAGGGAGCUGCAGUCUAAAAACACUUGGGUUACACAAGGUUAGGAACCAUUAACUAAGGUAUAGUCAUAGAAAUAAUCAGUGCAGUUCUUAUUGCUCUGUAACUUACAACUGUACCUGUCAGCCCCUGAUCUGCUGAGGUUGCCCGUUUUUGCUUUAUAAUGACAGUGUGUGGGAAAGCACUUCCCUACCACCAUGUUGGGACCGAAGAACCACAUGAUUUUUCUAAAAACAUUUAAGAACACAGCGGUUCAUAAUAUUAAAACUGUCAAACAUUUGUGUUAAUACACUCACUAGUUAAAAUGAUUUCAGAGCACAUGAGGGAAAAGAACAGCAGUCCCCAUUAAAUGUUUCUUCCUUAACAGCCAAAUUAGUUGUCCAGAACUUAAUCACGAAAAAUGUAUUUGUCUGCAUUUAUGGAUAGAGGUACAGAAUUGUGGAAAUUGCUUCACUUUGGAAGGGAAUUCUAUAACCUGGGAAUGUAAUUUUAGAAGAGGUAGCUGUGUUUGUGCUAGCAUAUCAGGGGAAAAAUAAAGACAAACGUGUUGUGAUAC